UUCAAGCCGAGUUCUUUUUCGUGGAAUUUUAUUUUUGGAAGAAUGGUAGUAGAGUUGGUCAUGGUGAUCAACUUAUCACCAUCAUACUUGUAUUAUAUUAUUAAUAAUGUACUAAUUACUUGACUUUAACUAAGUUUCAGGCAACUUCAUGCAAAGCUUCUACGCGGUUGCUUAUCACUUUAACCGUCUUAUAAUGUUUCUCUCUCUUCAUUUUCUUCUAUAAAUAGUCAUCUGUUAGCGGUUUUGAGUUUACUCUACUAUUCGAAUCAUUUGGCAUCACUCUCUUAAAUUUCAGUGUUUGAAUAAUACUAAUUCAUUUGGAUGGUUUUUAAGAGGAAUAAUUCUGGUGAAAAAGAGAAUAAUGAUAAUCAACAACCUCCUUCAUCUCAACAAAGAAAUCAGAGGCUUAAGUACACCAGGUGUGUGUCCAAAGAUAGGAUAUGUCGUCUGCAAUCAUGUUCUACCCAAUUGGAGACUUUAAUCCGAAAAGUGGUCAGAGAGGAAGUAGAGCAGGUAAUACAACAAUCUCACCACUCCAUCUCAAGGUCAUUAUCAAUUGACGCAAAGCCAUGUGAAUUAAGAAAGUUUAAGUUACAAUUUGAGGGCAAGUUACCUCAAAAACUUUUUACUGGGAAUAAGAUAGAAGCAGAAGGUUCUGCAGCUAUCAAAUUGUUCUUGCUUGAUGCGGUUACUGGGCAUCGAGUGACUGAUGGUCCUUUGUCAUCAACAAAAGUCAAAAUUGUUGCUCUUCAUGGCCAUUUCAGGGCAGAGGAACUAGACAUUUGGACGAAAAAGGAGUUCAGUAAGAAUAUUGUGUCGGAGAGGGAUGGUAAAAGGCCACUGUUGGUUGGACAGAAUGUAGUAAUUUUUCUGGAGAAUGGAGUUGGUUGUGUUGGUGAUGUUUGUUUUACAGACAACUCUAGCUGGGAAAGAAGCAAGAUGUUUAGGUUGGGGGCUAAAGUUGAAGCUAAAGAAGAUCAUGUUAUGGAAGCGGUAAGUACUCCAUUUGAAGUCAAAGAUCGACGUGGAGAGAAUUACCAGAAGCAUAAUAUUCCAUCUCUGGAAGAUGAAGUUUGGCGUUUAUGCUGGAUAGCAAAAGAUGGUAAGAUCUGUGAAAGAUUGGCAGAGCACCAGAUUUACAAAGUGAAAGAUUUCCUGACAGUGUAUUAUCUCAACGAGUCCGUGCUCCGCCAAAUUCUUAAGGUCUCACCAAAAAAGUGGGAGGCAAUCAUUCAACAGGCUACUUCAUGCUUUUCAGGCAAUACUAGCCGAAUUCUAUGUCACUCAGUAUCGAGUCCGAAUGACAUGCCUGAUUGUAUUAAUCCAGGCUUGAAUCAGCAGCAAUUUUGCUUGCCUACAACUUCCAAUGGUACAAUAGCUGAUCAACAAGAUUUUAUAAUGUCACAUCCCCUUAAGGAGGAGCAAACCUGUCAGGUGGAUCAAUGCCUGACUCUGAACAAUCCCAUACUCACAGACUUUUUACCUGGAUCAUAUAGUGAUGAUGCCAACCUUUCUUCUUGGAAUGAGUCUAUCCUACCAUCUUUCGUCAACUUUGACGCCUCAAAUUGGUGCCCUAUUGCUCAGUCAGAAGGCAAUGACUAUUGUACUAGUCUGAGUUAUGACUCUGACACAGGAAUGCUAUCCUCCAUCCCUACUUUGGGUGUUAAUGCUUCAGCGAUGGCGAAGCCUAAAGACAGUUGGGGAAAAGUUCGAGCUUUGCGGAAGAUAUUAGUCAAGCAUAAUGAAGCUGCCAUAAGAAAGGGAAAAUUUCCAUGUUACUGUCAGUAAGCUGCUUGCCCUUGAAUAUUUGUAGGGCAAGGGGUGUGAAGAAGGAUAACUUGAAAUUUUACUGCUGUUCUAGUUUCAGGUCUUUAGGGUUAUGUUGAUCUUCUAUUAAGUUAUUUUCUCUAGCUUUUGAUUGUGGUUUUCUCAUACUCUUGUGUCUGUUUAUGGGAAGCUUAACUUUUCCCAUUUCAUAUUGGUGUGCUUUUGAUCUUGAAUCUUCAAUACAACUGUUUAUUUUUCUGUCA